AUGUCUCUGCGCGUUCUCUGUCGAGACCGGCCUGAUCGAGCGCUGGCAUUGAUCUCUGACAACCAUGGCCUGGUCCUUAACCACGUUCCCGUCACUUCUGAGUCGAGCUCGGUUGCGUCAUACUCCAACAUUAGCCCACCAAAGUGCCAUAUCGAAUUUGAUACGCUGGAUUCGCUUGACCUGGCGGGCUUCAGAGCCCUAGGUCGUGCACAUGGCACCCUUGGCCUGAUCGCGUUGGCAAGUGAUAUCUUUCUCUGUACAGUAUCUCAUGCGUCCCAGGCAGCUACAGUGCGCCCUGGAGAAACUGUCCAGAGGAUCGUGAACGUGGAAUUUUACUGCUUGAACCGCCCCGAUUAUGACAACGAUCUGGACUAUGAAUCUAGAACGGCCUUUGCAUAUCAUACUGAAGAUACCGACUAUGGAACUGGCUAUGACGGUCGCGAAGUUGUCACCGAAAAUCCGUUUCUUCCUCUUAAAAAACUGCUUGGUGACGGCAGCUUCUACUACAGCGUCGACUUCAAUCUUACUGACCGUCUUCAAGAUAGGGCCGAGGAGACGACCUCCUUCGAUAUCGAUAGUCUUGACAGGGACUUUUUAUGGAACUCCCAUAUGAUUGAGCCUCUCCUGCUGUUUCGAAGUCAUUUGCUAGAAUCUGAGCGCCAGGCACUGGACGCAUCCCGGAUUUUGACAUCAGCCAUCCGAGGAUUUGUUUAUUCGUUAACAAUUCCUGCGUCCACACCGCUCCUGCGAACCUCUCAUUCAAACCUACCGUCAAGCUUGACGUUGAUAUCCCGACUUUCCUCAAGAAGGGCCGGAACCAGGUUUAAUUCUCGCGGUAUCGAUGACGAAGGAAAUGUUUCUAAUUUUGUCGAAACGGAAACAAUUGUAUGGGUUCCUCCUGGCAUAUGUUUUGCUUAUACCCAGGUUCGCGGAUCUCUCCCGAUUUUCUGGGAACAAAGCGUUGCCAUAGGUGGUCAGAAAAUUCAAAUCACUAGGUCUGUAGACGCCUCUCAACCUGCGUUUGAUAGACAUUUUGAUCGCCUGUCUUUGACCUAUGGUGCCGUGCAUGUGGUAAACCUUCUCACGGAACUAAAACCGGGAGAGGCAGAACUAUCUCAACGAUAUCGAUAUCAUAUCUCCCGAAGCCCUUUAAGACACAGUCACGAUCCGAACACAUCCUCCGAACACCAUCUGCUCCGUGCAACAGACUUUGAUUUUCAUGCAGAGACAAAGGGCCCUGCAGGGUACCAGAGUGCCUCUAUAAUUCGACAUCAGAUCCAAGAUUCCGCAGAUGCAUUCGGUUUCUUUCUAUCUAUAGAUUCUCACCAAAACGCAGAGCCAUUGACUUCUAUUGAAGAUGCAAGCAAGGGCCAGACUGUUAUUCUUCAGCAGCAGGGCUUUUUCCGAACAAACUGUUUAGAUUGCCUGGAUCGGACCAAUCUGGUACAGACCAUUAUAAGUCAGAUGGCACUUGAAUCUUUCCUGGAACAGCAAGGCGGUGAAGCAUCGGCUGAAUUUUGGAGGAGGCAUUCAACCCUGUGGGCGGACAAUGGUGACAAUCUCUCUAAAAUCUAUGCUGGCUCUGGCGCUUUGAAGUCAUCAUAUACCCGACAUGGCAAGAUGUCUCUUGCCGGCGCAUUUGCAGAUAUAAGGAAAAGCGCGGCCCGUCUAUAUAUGAACACCUUCACUGAUAGCGCGAGACAAAAUACUAUAGAUCUCCUUUUGGGAACUCUGACUGGCCAGAGUACCGUGCAUCUGUACGACCCCAUUAGUGAUUCUGUCAACAGAGCUCUAAGGCAGAGGGCCCAAGAGUUCAGUUCCUCGAAAAGGAUACGGAUAUGGGUUGGAACGUUCAAUGUCAACGGUCGGAGCGAUGGUGCCAAAGUAACCGAUCUCUCUCCAUGGUUAUUACCUCAUCUUGAUCGUUUACAUGAGGAUCCCGCGAUAUUCGCGGUCGGAUUUCAGGAGAUUGUUGAGUUGAGCCCACAACAGAUUAUGUCGACUGACCCUGGGAACCGAAUAAUAUGGGAGAACGCUGUGAAGAGCACUUUAAAUGACUACGCUAACAGGAGGGGUGUGAGCGAAUAUGUUCUCCUUCGAAGCGGUCAACUAGUGGGCACUGCUCUUUUGAUAUUUGUCAAAUCUGAAUUGCUUACCGACAUAAAAGCUGUUGAGGGUAGUGUGAAAAAGACCGGUAUGUCUGGAAUGGCCGGCAACAAGGGUGGAUGCGCCAUUCGUUUGCAAUGUUCGAACACGCGAAUAUGCUUUGUUACAGCGCAUCUUGCGGCCGGGUUUUCGAAUUACGACGAACGGAAUCGUGACUAUCAAACAAUCAGUCAAGGACUUCGCUUCCAGAGAAAUCGGUCGAUCGAAGACCACGACGCCAUAAUAUGGCUUGGGGACUUCAAUUACCGAAUUGGCUUGCCUAAUGACCGGGUGAGGGGCCUUAUAAAAGAUGGAGAUUUAGAAUCCCUAUAUGAGAACGAUCAGCUCAAUUUACAAAUGGUUGCUGGCCUCACGUUCCCAUUCUAUUCGGAGGCCCGAAUCACCUUCCCUCCAACAUAUAAGUACGACAAUGGAACUGACCUCUAUGACACAUCAGAAAAAGCACGUAUACCAGCCUGGUGUGACAGGGUUCUGUGGAAAGGGGGAAACUUACGCCAGCUAGAGUACAAUGCGGCGUCUUUGAAGUUCUCAGAUCAUCGCCCUGUACACGCGACUUUCGAUUGUGGAAUAAGCGUAGUAAAUGAGGAAUUGAAAGAGGAGAUACGAAAGAGCCUCUACGAAGUUGAACGAAAUCGCAUUAUGAGCGGCAUGGCAGAUUCUGGGUCGGAGGACACGGAUGACGAGGUUGAGGACUUCAUAGGAUUUGAUGCGAUCGACCCUGGACUCCCGCCAGCCAGUUCCGAUCGCCGUAAAUGGUGGCUUGACAACGGACUUCCUGCGAAGUCGACACUGAAGCCACCACAUGGACUUGCUGCCAAUCCAAGCAGACCUGCAAACCCAUUUUCUACAACUCCUGAAUCUGAGUGGAUUCACCUUUCUUAUCCGAGUAUUUCUCCUACCAAAGGUCAAGCAGACGGUAUUUCGGACAUCCGGAAAUCGGGGUUCCCGGCGCCAACGCCCCUUCGAUCUAAGGCACCUCUUAUCGACAUCGAAAACAGAGAGAAACCUUCACCACCUUUGCCAAGCAGGAGUAUGACCGAGUUGUCAACAAUUUGCGAUGGGGACUUGGGCACACCUAAGAAACGCGCGCCUCCAGUCCCUACAAAACCCCUGUCGAUGACAAUGAGCUUAGAGCUCCCUCCAACUGCAACCACAAAUGCAGAUGCCAAUAUCAUGAGAACACCCUCAGCUCCAAUUCACACACCAGUCCCAACAACGCCGCAAAGAGAAGCAACCACUAUCGGACCCAAACCACCUCUCCCACGGCGCAAAACGUUAGAAGAACGAGGGGCAGAGGUGCUCACGUCAGGAAGCAUUCAUCCAGCGAAGCCCCUUCUUCCUCCUCCCGUCCAUCCUAGAAAGGCAAAACCUGAAAGAUCUUACACUGGUGACUUACCACACCCUAACCUACCCUCACCCGAGGUGUCAUUGCCUCGUCUUCCUGCUAGAAAGUCAGCCGCGCCCCUUGACACUUCGACGCCGAGUCUCUUGGAUGGAGAUGUUGAGGAGAACAUUGCCGGGUGGAAACCACUUCGCUCACAAGGGUGA